AUGCUUGUAUAUUCAUCGUCUGUUCUGGCCGCAACUGCGGCUUUUUUUGGAUUUCCAACCGUGACUGCCGCGCCAGCAAAGAGAUCUGAUGGAUUUCUUGAGCCAAGAAAGAUGGAAGAUAUUUGGACAGCACCACUCACAUAUUUCACGGAUCUAGUCAAUAUCAUGGCACCAUACUGGCUGAAUGAUUCUUGUAGUCCUUUUAAUUAUGUAAAUGCGACAUGCAAUCUGGGAAAUAUUGCUUCUUAUGCCAUCAACGUCAGCAGCGCUGCUGAUGUUAUUGCCGGUUUGAAAUUUGCAACGGAGAACAAGGUACGAAUCACAAUUAAGAAUACUGGCCACGACUACAUUGGUAGGUCCAACGGCGAAGGAUCCCUCGCACUAUGGACGCAUAACCUCAAAGAUAUUUCGUUUCUCGAUUAUACCAGCACCAAUUACACUGGUCCUGCGGUCAAAGUUGGAGCUGGAGUUCAGUUCUUUGAAGCUUAUAAAAUCGCUGCUGAGAACAGUCUGCGAGUUGUGGGUGGCUUUUGCCCAACUGUAGGCAUGGCUGGUGGAUAUGUGCAAGGUGGCGGCCAUGGUCCUCUCGGAGCUACGUACGGUCUCAGCGCAGACAAUGCAUUAGAAUAUGAAGUUGUGACCGCUGAUGGUCGCCAUCUUAUCGCAACUCCUACGGAAAACUCGGACCUUUACUGGGCACUUAGCGGUGGCGGAGGAGGCACAUACGCCGUGGUAAUCUCGUUGACUACAAAAGCUUACCCCGGCGGUAUAGUUGCAGGCUUUACCACCGUUUGGGGCUUCACGAGCGAUGCAUUCAACCUUGCAUUUGCUACAUUGCCGGGUGGAGAUGCCCUGACGAUGGCCGAAGCAUUAGCUUCGUACAAAGAAGAGAUCCAAGCGAUGAACAUAACAUUUGCAGCAUAUGAAACAAGUGACCGGCCAAAUUUUUACGACCACUACGAGCAUUACACUGGAAGUCUCCCAUAUGGACCUUAUACGACAAAUGAUAUUAUCGGAGGACGCCUGAUUCCCCGCUCGACCAUCCAGAACAAUGUCAGUAGUUUGAUUUCUGUUUUCAAAGACAUUAUCAGCACGACCGGAAGUCCCGCAACAUCAAUACGCAUCAACGGAAUAGCCGCUAACGUGACACAUUCUCGCGUUGGGAACCAUGUAGGCUCCAAUGCUGUUCUUCCCGCAUGGCGCGAUUCUCUCUAUUGGCUAAAUGUUGACGUUGGCAUCGAGGCAGCAGCUUCAAGAGAGACAAUACAUCAGAUUCAAGCGCAGGUAAAUGCAUUCCAAGAUCAAUUUAAAGUCCUGACCCCUGGUGGUGGAUCGUAUAUGAAUGAGGCAACUUUUGACAAUCCAACAUGGAAGGAGGAUUAUUAUGGUGAGAAUUACGACCAAUUGCUGGACGUGAAGAUGUCUUAUGAUCCAAAUUUUAUUUUGUAUGCUCAUACGUCUGUUGGGAGUGAUCUGGUGACUGUAGCUUCGGAUGGGAGAUUGUGUAAAGACUGA